AUGGGCCAGUCGAGAGAGAAUAAAGACAUUUCCGAUUUGACCUACAAGCUAGAAACAAUGGGUUGCCAAAUGAAUAUGGCUGAUUCCGAACGAAUCGAGGGUCAAUUACAAGGUCUCGGUAUUCGACCUUUAGAUCCAGACGUAGACAAGAACAAACAGCCGGAUGUCGUCAUAUUGAAUACCUGCUCCAUUCGAGAUCACGCCGAGCAAAAAGUUUAUUCAUACAUUGGACCCCACGCCAAACGCAAACGCGACGGGGAGGACGUGACGAUUAUUGUAGCUGGCUGCGUCGCCCAGCAAGAAGGGGAAGCGCUGUUACGACGUGUACCGGAAGUUGAUCUCGUCAUGGGACCGCAGUACGCUAAUCGGAUUGGCGAUUUAUUAGAAGAUGUCAGCAAUGGCAACCAAGUUGUGGCCACCGAAGCCAGCCAUAUCAUGGAGGAUUCCACAAAACCACGACGACAAUCAACGGUCGCCGCGUGGGUGAACGUCAUUUACGGCUGCAACGAGCGAUGUACCUUUUGCAUUGUACCUACCACGCGUGGAGUAGAACAAUCUAGGCCUGCUGAGAGUAUUGUAAGAGAGGUUACUGAACUUGUGGAACAAGGGUUCAAGGAAAUCACGCUAUUGGGUCAGAAUAUUGACGCCUACGGCCGUGACAUGAUCCCGAAGCGAAAAUUUUCGGAUUUGAUCCGGAUUGUUGGUGAAAUACCAGGAUUGGACCGCUUGCGAUUUGUAACGUCUCAUCCUCGUUACAUGUCGCUGGGCGUCGUGGACUCCGUUGCCGAGACACCGGCAGCUUGUGAAUGCUUUCAUAUUCCUUUUCAAAGCGGAUCUAACGAGAUACUCGCCGCUAUGGGUAGAGGACAUACCCGAGAAAAGUACCUGCACAUUGUGGAUCGUAUCCGAUCGAGAAUACCGGAUGCAGCGAUCACCGCCGACGUGAUCGUGGGCUUCCCUGGGGAAACGGAGGAGCAGUUUGAAGACACCUUGUCCUUAAUGCGCGAGGUGGUUUUUGAUUCCGUCAAUACAGCCGCGUACUCUCCCCGCCCCAAUACGCCGGCAGCCGUUUGGGACGACCAAGUUGACGACGCCGUCAAACAGAAUCGUCUGCAACGGAUCAAUGCACUCAAUCUAGAACACGCCGCUCAACGUCGGGCCCGCAUGAAGGGGCGGACGGUCGAAAUAUUGGUGGAGGAACGCAACGUACGCGUGCCCACGCAAGUAAUGGGUCGUACGCGGCACGGGUAUAUUGUCUAUUGCGACGGUGAGAUUGAUGAGCUUCGUGGAAAGCUAGUCAACGUCGAGAUUGACACCUGCGAGCAAUACUAUCUUGCCGGAAAGCCAGUUGCCCAAGAUGGACACUGA